AGCUGCUACGAGUCUCCAGCAAGCACGAGCACCGCUGAUACUAGCCAUUAUAUUCUCAAAACUGUGAAAGCCCGGAUCGGGUGGUGAUCUUGUGAAUGUUGGUGAAAGAAAACUAGUAAACCUAUGUUUCAUUUGGACUUAUUACUUUUUGGUGAAUUAAAUUUCACCUAAUUUUGUGUUGGCUUUCAAAGUAACACGUUUUAAUUUUUUUAUUUUUAUUUUUCCGAGUGAUGAUAAUUAAUGCAAUGAGAGUACACACCCUUUUUGCACUUUUUAUUCAUGUUACCCAUUUUUCAUUUUGUACAAAUGUCAAAAUCAACUUUCGAGAAAAAGAGAAGGAAGUACUGGAUCAAAUUCUAGGACCCGGCAGAUACGAUGCUAGAAUCCGACCAUCUGGUGUAAACGGCACCGUAGGACGGACGGACGGGCCGACCAUAGUAAACAUCAACUUCUUUCUACGUUCUAUCAGCAAAAUUGAUGAUUACAAAAUGGAAUACAGUGUACAGCUCACUUUUCGAGAGCAAUGGUUGGAUGAGAGGCUCAAAUUUAAUGAUUUCGGAGGACGAUUAAAAUAUUUAACGCUCACAGAGGCAAACAGAGUCUGGAUGCCGGAUCUGUUUUUCUCAAACGAAAAAGAGGGCCAUUUUCAUAAUAUCAUCAUGCCAAAUGUCUACAUUCGCAUUUUUCCUACUGGAUCAGUAUUAUAUAGUAUAAGAAUUUCGCUCACUCUUUCUUGUCCAAUGAAUCUAAAGCUCUACCCAUUGGAUCGACAAAUAUGUUCCUUGCGAAUGGCUAGUUAUGGAUGGACUACAGAUGACCUGGUUUUUCUAUGGAAACAAGGAGAUCCUGUACAAGUAGUUAAGAAUUUACAUUUACCCAGAUUUACUCUAGAAAAAUUUUUGACUGACUAUUGUAACAGUAAAACAAAUACAGGUGAAUACAGUUGUUUGAAAGUAGAUUUACUAUUCAAGCGAGAGUUUAGUUACUAUUUAAUCCAAAUUUAUAUACCCUGUUGUAUGCUAGUUAUAGUAUCUUGGGUAUCCUUCUGGUUGGACCAAGGAGCUGUACCAGCUCGUGUAUCAUUAGGUGUAACAACCUUAUUGACUAUGGCGACCCAAACGUCAGGGAUCAACGCAUCUUUACCGCCGGUCUCAUACACCAAAGCCAUCGACGUCUGGACAGGAGUAUGCCUAACUUUCGUAUUUGGAGCAUUGUUAGAGUUUGCACUUGUAAAUUAUGCUUCACGAUCCGAUAUGCACCGUGAAAAUAUGAAAAAACAAAGGCGACAAUGUGAACUUGAACAUGCUGCUUCUCUGGAUGCUACAUCUGACCUCAUUGACACAGAAAGUAACGCUACGUUUGCGAUGAAACCCCUAGUACGACACCCAGGCGAUCCAAUGAGCCUUGAAAAGAUUCGUCAAUGUGAGAUCCACAUGCAACCAAAACGCCCCAAUUGCUGUAGGUCGUGGCUAUCCAAGUUCCCUACCAGAUCAAAGCGCAUCGACGUUAUCUCAAGAAUAACAUUUCCGCUAGUCUUUGCGCUUUUUAAUGUAAUAUAUUGGUCUACGUAUCUCUUCAGAGAAGAAGCAGAAGAAUCCUAAACAUCAUUACCUACCUUAAUUAUUGUGAUUUUUCAUAAGUGUAAAUAUAUCAGUUACGAAGA